GCCUGCCCCUCCAUUCAACUUCCUCCGAGCAUCACUUCGCCUAUAUCUAUCAUACUACAAAAUCACCAAUGGAGGAAUCAAUAGCGAAACAAUAUAAUCAUAGAAACCGGGCAUUCCUGCAGGCCUUUAUGGCCCGUGGCGCUAUGACGUUCGAAGACGCGCAACCGUUGCUCGCUGCGAUUUUGAAUGUCGACAACGACGAGGAGCAGAUUCGCCCAGAUCAGAUCACAGACGACAUAUUCCAAGAAUAUAUACAUAUAGCCGGCCAGGCAGCUUCGAUAUUCGACUAUGAAAUUCGCAAUAGCGUCGACCAGGUCACCAAAAAACGAAUAUAUGCAUUUGUGAAUACAGCGUCCGAUCCCCAGACUCAACUGGCAACCACGUACGGCGCCGACGAACUAUCCUUCAUCAAGCGUGUUCUAGAAGCCAUGUUUGACAAAUACAACACACCCAGAAUGGAAGUCAUGGCUAUCACGGAUAUGCAGGCUAUCAAGCUUGCACGGCCGGAUCGCCGACAAAGCCUAACACAAACACAAGUCGACCCAGAGACCCAGACGCAGGCUGCGGCAGACAAGGGUCUGAAGCAUAGCGAAGUCGAGAGUACAAUGGCCAGCCUCGUAAAAGGAGGUUGGGUUGAAAAAAGCGCAGAGGGGUUCUAUUCACUGAGUGUACGAGCCUUGUUGGAACUGCGGCCGUGGUUGGUCGCCAUGUUUAACGAUUCCGACGCGGCAACAGAUGAGUGGCAGCGCAUCAAGUUUUGCGAGGCAUGCAAAGAGAUUUUAACGGUUGGCAUGCGGUGCUCUGAGCCAGAGUGUUGUCUACGCUUGCACGACAUGUGCCAGGAUGCCUUUUGGAGAAUGCGACGGUCAAAGAACUGCCCCAAAUGCUCUACGGAUUGGGCGGGUAAUCGAUACGUGGGUGAACGGGCAGUUACCAUGACCGAAGCAUAUCAACGAGGUAGAAGGCAAUCUGGGACAAGGCGAACGGAUCUCGCCGAGGAUGUUGUCCGCCAAGAAACACAGGGAGAGGGAUCUGACGAGGAAGACGAAUAGAAGACCAGCCGAUAUUGAUGAUGAAAUACUGUAUAUAUAUCCUCCCAGAUGAGGAACAAUAAAAGCGAAUGUUUUGAUACCUAAAUCUAAAAAAAGCCU